AUGAAGUCCCUUCGCCUACCGAUCUCAUCCAAGCCUGUCCCAAUCAUUCGCACGGUGGAUUCUGUACCCGUGUCUUUGCACGCACCACCGUACCCUCGCUCUCACGAUUCAUCUUCACCAGUCGAACUGAACGAUUUGCACUCUAUUGAAACUGGGAAUCACCAGAGCAAAAACGCGUAUAGAAGUGACAAAGAAAGUUGCUGUCAAAUAUGUCAAAAUAAUCAGGCACGUUACACAUGCCCAAAGUGCGAAGUUCUGUAUUGCUCCCUUGACUGCUAUCGACAGCACGGCGACAGCGACAAUCCGUCCUCCAGUGCUGCUUCUUCUAGCUGUACUGAGGCCUUUUAUAGUCAACGAGUUGAUCAAGUCCUGAAAUUAGAGAUCAAGGAAAGGAAGCAACAAACCCGUGCAAUGCUCAAUCGAUCGUUCCAUCAACAGCAAUUAACGCAUCAGCAAGAAGGACUGAUAGAUACCGACAGCCACGAAGCAAGGUUUACAAAAGACGAAUUGGUUCGACUGUUGACCAUAUUGGAACGGGAUGAUCUUGAGGAGCUUGAUCGCUUUCUGGCCGACUAUAGAAAUGGGCCGGAGCUACAGAUUGCCUUGGCAGAAUCCAUUCAAACAGGAGAGCUGAAUGAGUAUAUAUUGGAUCCCUGGGAACCUUGGUGGCGAACACAGCUGGCCUCGGUGCGGAUGGAGGCGGAUAUCGACCAAGAGAAGGCUGACGACCUGGACAGCGUUAGCCUGAAAAUGGUUGAAGCUCCCCUGGAUGAAAGAUUACUCAAUGUUCGCCAAUUUAGAUCUCUACGACCAUCUUCUCAACCUGACACUGAUCUGUCUUUCAACUUGGUUGAUAUAUUGUACGCAACGGUGUGGACAUUGAGGCUUUACCACGGACCGUCCAACGCCUUGGACGCGGCGGUGGAUGCAGCGGCUAGCUUAGUAGGCGCUUCAGGCGUCUUGGGUCGUGAUAAGCGCUGGGGCUGCACGGAACAAGUAUUGGCCGCCUGCACUACGGAAUCCACCAAGGCGGCGGCACGUCAAGUGGUCAAUAAAAGCGGUCUCCAAACUGAGGUUCUGCGCUGGCGCAAAGCACGAAAAAAAGUUGAGUUUUAUCUGUCCUGGUCCUUAUCUCAUGCUCAACGCAUACCUCGCUUAAAACUAGAGAUCCAUCAGUGGCGUUCACACUGGGAAAGCGACAACGAAGACUUGAGUGAGGUGUUCUUACCGUCGUAA